UUGGCGACGAUGUGCCUAGUGCUGAUCUCAGCAGACUCAAGCAGAGAUUAGGUCUCGACAACCCAAUGCCCUGCAUUUGUUCGUUUUUGCAUUGCUCGUUGAAGGACUCCACCGAGUAUCUGUAUAUAACCCGAUCAGAUCUCUCAUUACAUCAGCGCCCAGCUUCUUCCGCCAAGCAUAAUCUUCGUCGACGCCCAACUUCUGCAUCCCUCUGUGUUUUGUGCCAAGACAACGUUCAUUCUAGCUACGAUGCGUUUCAACAGCUUCAUCGCCGCGGCCGCUGUGGUUGCCCAGGGCGUCGCCGGCCUUGGAAUCAACUGUCACGGAGACGUCCUCUGCGGCAUUGCCUACAUUAGCGGUGGCCGUCUGUCACAUCUCGCAGACGUCUUCAACAAGCUCGACGACAACCGGAAAUACGACAACGGCGACGACGUGGCGUGUAUCGAGCUCGAUUCCCUCAACUAUAACGGCAAGUUCACGAGCACGCUGUGUGCCUACAUCCAAAACUCAGAGGGCGACGUCACUGGCGCUACGCUCAAGAGCGUCUUCAAGGAGCUUCAGGAAUUCGGAUGCGCCAUCUGCGGAAGCGUGCCGCUGCACUAUGCCAAGGGCGACGACGACGUCAACCACGGAGAGCUCACCAUCAACCUCGUCGAGGAGCUCCCCGAGAACUGCAAGGUCAACGAGCCCUGCUCGGCAUAAAAACCGGAUUGGCAGGAUUCAUCGAUGGGCCGGCCCGGGAAUUGAUCAGAUCAACAUUUCCUCGUUACAUGUAAUUAGUUGGUGCUGUGCACAUUGGAGAUGCCCAUUGCGGGCAUUAGUUUGGUUGUAGAGGGACAAGGCGUUUGGGCGCAGCAAAGCGAGAAUGUGAAUUUAUAAUCCAGCGAUACCAUCCUCUGCCUUUUUAUCCGUUUCAUGUGCCGUUUUGAUGGCUUAGAAGAGAAUUAGCAAGCCUCGUGAGAAGCCACCGGGCGUAUCGG